AUGCUGGAGAGGGCCCUGCACAUGAUGGAGACCGAGUUCGGUCCAAGCAGCCACAAGGUGACCACCUGCCUGGUCAACCUGAGCCUCGCGUGCGGGGCGCUCGGCGACCCGCUGCGGCAGCGGGAGCUGCUGGAGCGCGCCCUGCGGAUCGAGGAGCGCGAGUACGGCCCAGACCACCGCGCGGUGGCCACCACGCUGCUCAACUUGGGCAACGUGUACGGCUGCAUGGGCGACAACGAGAGGAAGCGGGACCUCCUGUGCCGUGCGGUGCAGAUCAAGCAGCGGCAGUAUGGAUCCAGCCACGUGGAGGUGGCCAAGGCCCUUGUGAGCCUCGGCAAUGCCCACGGCGACCUUGGGGACGUGCAGCUGCAGAGGGAGAUGAUCGAGGAGGCUCUCCAGAUCCAGGACAUCAUACCUCUCCAGCACCGGGAGUUGCUGGCCUCGCUCAUGAGCCUGAGCACAGUGCACGAACGUACCAAGGACUUUGCCCAGAAGCGGCGCCUGCUCGAGCGGUCGCUCGUCAUCAUGCAGAAGUCCUUCGGUCCCGACCACCACAACGUCAGCAUCAUCUUGGACGAGAUCGCCCGGACGUGCGGCGACAUGGGGGCCUUCGAGGACAAGCGGUCGCUCCUGGAGCGGUCCCUGCGCAUAGUGACGCUCAGAUUCGGGCCCGAGCACCGCGAGGCACCCCACCUGCGGAGGUCGAGCUUUUGCGGGUCUAGGGUCCGCAGCAGUCGUGAAGCCCUCAGCGAUCAGCCCCUCCCCCCGCCCCGGUGGAGGCGAUGGCCCGCGGCGGCGUCCGGGAGGGCGCGGCGCCGCCCAGCGGCGUGGGCGCCCUCAUCGCCAGGCUGCUGGCCGCGUGUCCCUGCCGCCGGCGGCUGCCGCACAGCACCAGGCGGCGGGAUGACCUCGAGCGGCCGCCCGGCGACCCCUGAGAGCGCUGCCCGCGCCCCGCGGGCCGCGCGCGGGCGCGCGCGCGCGCCACCUGGGCGUUGCGCACGUGCGGGGGGGCGAUGGCGACGACCAUCACGUCACCCGGUGCCGAUCACGAGGCAAACAGGCCGCCGCGCCUGGGCCGCCCAAGAGGCGCGGCCUUCGCGGGGCCCGCCGGGCGCCUUUCAGCGCCGCGAGAGGCCACAGCGCUCUGCGCAUGUAUGGGUAUGUCCCUCCUCCGCAUGUUUCGCUUGA